AUGGAGCGCUGGACGCAUCAGCCGCUGGUGCCGCCUGGCACCACGGACGCCUCCAUCAGAGCUGGGCUUCGCGAUGCCAAGCUCGUACUCUUACAAAUCGUCACCGCGCAGCUGACUGGAGAGAAGCGAUGGCUCAAGGCGAGCAGGGAGAGCUUAGAGUCCGAGCUUUUCAAUCUACUUGUGGAGCACCGGGCAACCCAAGCAACCGCAGCAUCCAUGGAAAAAUCACAGCUUUUCCAGCUGCUGGUGCAGCAUGCUGGGCAAGAUAUGUACGAUGAGGCACUGGCAUCCAUGAGAAGGCCACUAUCGCAGAGUGCCUGGGACUUCCUCCUGGAUGAGAUGUACGGAUACCCCAGCUGCAACGCGGACGAGUUUCCACUCAGGGAUGUAAAGGAUUUCCAUGUUGUGAUUUGCGGCAUCGGCGUUUGUGGCUUAGCAGUGUCGAUUCGACUCAAGAAGGCUGGCAUUCCUUUCACAGUCCUUGAGGGCAGUGAUGGCAUCAGCGGAACCUGGCAUUGCAACCUGUAUCCCAAUGUUGGCUGCGACACGCCGACCCAUGUGUACAGCUUUGCAUCAGACCCCAACCCCAACUGGACGCGAUACUUCGCAAAGGGCCACGAGAACAAGACAUAUUUCGUUUCCCUUGCAGAGAAGUAUGGCAUCAUGAAGCAUGUGCUCUUUGAGCAUACCGUGGAGUCUGCCAGGUUCGAUGCUGCGUCCAGCUGCUGGGAAGUGGCCUUCCAUCGCGGGGACGGCAGUACCGGAUGCAUUUCAGCCAAUGUCUACGUCUCCUCUGUGGGGAUGCUAUCCAUCCCUAAAAUCCCCCAGGUACAUGGAGAGAGUAAUUUCCAAGGGAAGCAAUUCCACACGGCUCGCUGGGACAGCAACACCUCGCUUGUGGGCAAAAACGUUGCCAUCAUUGGAAGUGGUGCCUCCUGCAUGCAGGUUGCCCCCUCAAUUGCUGCAGUCGCAACACAUCUUACAAUUUUUCAGGGUACGCCCCAGUGGUGCACAAAGAUCCCGAACUACAAAUGGGAAAUUCCGGAGGGUGAGAGGUGGUGCUUUGCAAAUUUGCCUUUCUACGAAAGGUGGUACCGCUUCCAACUUUUGGCCCACUUCACAGAUAUCUACGAGGAAAUGAUGACGGCAGGAUCUACUGUGAAUUCCUCUCUGUGGGACUCGCUCACGAAAUAUUACGAACAUGAGCUGGCAGGGCAUCCGGAUCUUCUUCAAAAGGCAACGCCCAAUUACCCACCUGCAUGCACGCGACUGCUGGUAGACAAUGGCUGGUUUGAUUUGCUCAAGCGCAAGAACGUGACACUCAUCAGCUCCCAUGUCUCACAGCUUGGACCACGCAGUGUCAUUGCAGGGAACUCGCAGAAGAAAGAAGUGGCGGAGGACGUGGACGUGAUAGUUUGGGCCACGGGCUUCAGAUCUACUGAGUUUUGUCUGGCAGCCAUGGAGGUCUUUGGCGUUGAUGGGCUCCGCCUUCGCGAAUUUUGGGGACCAGAGCCAUCCGCAUAUUUGGGAGUUUCAGUGCCACAUUUCCCCAAUUUUUUCCUGACCUAUGGGCCCAAUUCCAAUGUGGCAGCCGGUGGCAGCAUCGUAUGGGUUGCGGAAAACCAGGCGCGCUACAUCGAACAGUGCUGUUCAGCUAUGAUACGUCAGCGUAUCAAACGCAUGGAAGUUAGGGAGGAUGUUUUCAAAUCCUACAACUCGGAACUAGACAAGCUUCAAGGAACCCGAGUUUGGUCAGACAAAGCCUGUACUUCCUGGUACAAGGAAGGCACAGGCAAGGUGACAACAGGCUCACCCUGGAGCCUUGAGGAGUAUUGCCGCCGCCUACGCUUUCUCGAGCUUCGAGACUACAAGGUGGCUAGCAACACUGAGGGGCCCUGA